AGCUCCCGCUUCCAUGAAACUUGUCCCGUGCGCCACGCCGUCGUCUCCAGGGCAACCCAGCGCCUCCUAGUAACCGCGCGGCCCGGUUAUGGCGGCCGCGGGCCCCAGCGUGUUCCUGCUCAUGGUCAACGGGCAGGUGGAGAGCGCCCAGUUUCCUGAGUACGACGACCUCUACUGCAAGUACUGUUUCGUGUAUGGCCAGGACUGGGCCCCCACAGCGGGGCUGGAGGAGGGCAUCUCACAGAUCACCUCCAAGAGCCAAGAUGCGAGGCGGGCACUGGUGUGGAACUUCCCCAUCGAUGUCACCUUUAAGAGCACCAACCCUUACGGCUGGCCGCAGAUCGUGCUCAGCGUGUACGGGCCAGACGUGUUUGGAAACGACGUGGUCCGAGGAUACGGGGCGGUGCACGUGCCCCUCUCACCUGGCCGGCACAAAAAGACCAUCCCCAUGUUUGUCCCAGAAUCUACAUCUAAACUGCAAAAGUUUACCAGCUGGUUCAUGGGACGACGGCCCGAGUACACAGACCCCAAAGUGGUGGCUCAGGGGGAAGGCCGGGAAGUGACCCGUGUCCGCUCCCAGGGCUUCGUCACUCUCCUCUUCAACGUGGUGACCAAGGACAUGAGGAAGCUGGGCUAUGACACCGGGCCUCCGGACACGCAGGGCGUCUCGGGGCCCAGCCCACCCCAGGGCCUCCCCCGGUGAAGCCAACAGCCCUCUGCCCAGCAAUCGUAUAAUAAAGUGUAACCUUUUCACAGAGGCUGGGCUGGGGCUGCGCCGACUUUCGCAGCACGUCGCCUGGGAGCAGAGCCCGGGCCUCACCUCAGAGGGCACCGCCCAUGGACGCUGCACAGGACGGCCACCAGCACAUGAGCCUGGACUCAACACUGAUCCCACGCCUCACGGCUCGACAUGCUCGGCCCUAAAACCUGCCUGCUCAGUGCCUGGCACGUGUCAAACUGACCAUGCUCCAUGGCUCCAGUUCCACGGAUGCCUGCCACCUUUGGACAGGGGAUGGGCUGAGAGCCUCCCCAGGUGGGUGGUGUUGCAGGGGAGAACCCACUUGCCCUCAGCCAAUGCUGCCCGCCAGCAGCUUCAGGGGAGCCCUCUGAGCAGGUCACAGGGCUCGCCCAGUGUUCUCUCCUUGGCAGGAUUUGAGGGAGCCCCCAGCCCGACGUUCCCCCAGUUCCUCCGUAAACCAGAAGUUUAUGCUAGUCAGGGCCACUGCCCCUGCCCCAACUCAUUGUGCUCCCUGGAACAAGCAGCAGGACACUGGCCUUCUCUGCAUAAGGAGUCCUCUCCUGCUUUGGCCUCUGCUGUGCAGGUGCAUCCCCUGUGGCCCCAUCCCAGCUUCCAGAACACCCCUGGCCGUCAGCCCAGCCCGCGGCCACCAGACUCCAGCCGCCCUUGACACAUCCUCAUCCACCUGGACGGUCCCUGCCUGACAUGGCCUCUCCCAGCCCCUCCCUUGUCAUGACCUUGACCUGUACAGGAGCUCCCCAGUCCACUCCUUCCCCGAUGCUCAGGCUCACACAGGCACUGGAACCAGCUCAGUGGCCAAGCUGGGUCCAGGUGGGAACUGGCUCGUGAGCCGGCCCCUCGCGGUGUUUCAGGAUUGAUGAGGGUAGAGGCAGGGGAAGGACACAGCCAGAAACCGCAUCAUGAUACAAAUGAUAAAUUAUAUUUAUACAGUAAAUAAAGUAUCAAUAGUCAAUACGAGUUCAAAACCAGCCACCUGCCCCUGGACUGAGAA